AUGCUAGCCCUUCCAGCAAUCGCAGCCGUCGCUGCAAUCCUCACCAACGCCGUCGUGGCUGCUCCACUGAUGGACACGCUUCUCGAAAUCCCCGAGCUCUCCACGUACGCGCAUGUGUACAAUAGGACGGGGGGCAUUGUGGAGAUCAAUCCGAUGUUCACGAAGCGGUUCAACUACGACACCGACACGCGCAACUACACCUUCCUGGCUCCGACCAACGCUGCAUGGGCCAAGAUCCCCCAACCGAUCUUCGACAUCCUCCUCACCCAACAAGCCUACCCGCUCAUCGAAGCCCUCCUGCGCACGCACAUCAUCGAAGCCCGCCUGACCGCCUCCGAACUCGUCAGCGUCUCCGCCACCAGCGGCGUAGGCGGCAUCUCAACCUCACUCCAGCUCUCCAACACGACCGCGCAAUUCCACAGGGGGGUGCUCACCAAGACGGUGCAGGGGUACUACAUCGACGCGACCACCGCAGCAAACGGGACGGUGCGCCUCGACGACCAGGCCGCGAUCGUGCAAGCCGACCUCCCGGCAGACAACGGGCUGAUCCACGCGAUCGACCAGCUCAUCGACCCGUUCCUGGUCUACGGCGGCGGGCCCAGCAACCGCACCACGGCCCCGUCCUACGAGUCCACUGAUCUGACCAUCGGCGCGUUCGUGCAGACCGACGCCCGGCUGAUCAAUGCGUCGCAGAUCCUGUCGGUCAAUUCCCCGGAUACCGUCCGGCGGCUGUCGCGUCAGUCCCCCGAGAAACAGUUCUUCGUCGUCCCGCGGAAUGAGGCGUUCGAGCUGAUGCCUACCAUCUUGCCUGUGUACCAUACGCUGGUCUCGCCGUACAAAAGCCCCUUCGACACGCUGCUGUGGCAGUACGGCUGGGUCGACAGCGGCGGCGAGCGGUUCGACAGUCGCGCGCUCCACGGCAACAGCUCGCUCUCCGUGGCCAGCGAUGUGACCGGGCUGAAUAUCACGGUGACCCGCGAGGACGGGGCGGCCGUGUUCGUCAUGAAUGCCGGGCUGGUGACGCAGGUCGAGGCCGCCAAUGGGUUCCUGUGGAUCGUGGAUCGGUGGUUGGAUCCGCUGUACCAAGCGUUCGGGCCGGUGGAUCGCUUUGGGGCGCCGGAGUGGGCUUAG